UGCUGAGUUAACGUUUGACCAGGCUGGAUGGGGCAGGAGUGAUCACACUACAGUCGAAGGAGUGAAACGGGAACUCUUAAGCAAGAGUCUCAUCCCUGAAGCCCAUUAUGGCACAUCCCACAAUGCACCUGCUGCUGCUCAGCCUCCUCAUCGCCACCGCUGCUGGGAAAGGCUUGGAGAAGGGACCACUGGAGAACAAGGUUCUAGACGUACCAGAGGGGACACCUGUACCCUACGCCCUCUACCGGUUCCAAGCGUCCCAGCCCGAGGUUGAUGGGUUCAGAUUGACAGGAGAGACUGAAGGAAAGAUCAGCAUCUCAGAGGACGGCUGGCUCUACCUGGAACAGACCCUGGACUGGGCCCACACACAGACACAUACUCUGGAGCUGGAGGCCUUAGUGGGUUCAGAACCAGUAGAAGGUCCAGUCAUCAUCACCAUCAACGUGUUGGAUGUCAACAACCACGCCCCGUCCUUCAACCAGACUGACUACAUCGGCAUCGUCAAGGAACGUACCCCCGCAGGUGUUCCAUUUGCGCGUGUGUUUGCUACUGACCUGGACGACCCAGAGUCUCCCAACGCCCAUCUGAGUUACACCCUGGUCUCCCAGAUCCCCAACAGAGACAACACCCUGUUCUUCGAGAUCAACAGCAACACAGGAGAGAUUUCUACUACUGCCGAGGGAGAGCGUCUGCUGAAGGCCAGAGAAAGUGUUAUUCAUUCCAGAGGAGGGAACUUCAGUGAUUCUCUGAAGAAGAGGUUUGAUGACUACUGCACCCCCACAGGGGACAUCCCUUAUGAACUCAACCCCUUCUACAGCUGUGUGCAGAGAGCAGAGUCUCGGAGGCUGAACCCUCUGGAGGACCCAGACUUCACACUGAUUGUUCGUGUGGAGGACAUGGGCGGGGAGUCGGUGAGCGCUCUCAACGGUAACGCGAGGGUUAAAAUUGUCGUGCAGGAGAACCUGUGGGUCAAUCCUGGACCGAUCAACCUCAGAGAACAGUUGAAAAGGAUAUACCCCAUGCCCAUCGGCAAGGUCCAGUCUAAUGAUCCCAGUGCCUUCUACAGGCUGGUACAGAAAGAACGGGAGCUGACGUUCCCCUUCAAUGUCACGGAGGAAGGAGACAUUCUGCUGACUGAGGAGCUGGACAGAGAGGACAAGGCCAUGUACAUCCUGGUGGUGUUUGCUGAGGAUAGCUAUGGUAACCAGGUAGACCCUCCCCUGGAAGUGCAGGUGGUGGUGGACGAUGUGAAUGAUAACGCUCCAAUCUGUGAGGAGGAACUCAGUGUGUUUGAAGUGCAGGAGAACGAACCCACAGGCAGCACAGUCGGACAUCUGAUGGUGCAUGAUGCUGAUGAUGACAACACACCCAACGCACUGCUCUCCUAUUCGUUGGUGACCCAAACCCCUUCCUCAGUCUUUACCAUCGAUGGCAUCAGCGGCCGCAUCCAGGCCAAGCAGAUGCUCCAACGCAGAGAUGCAACAGAGUACCACCUCACUGUCAGAGUAAACGACCCAGUUUUCAGCACAGAAUGUAAGGUCCUCAUCAAGGUUAUCGACAUCAACAAUGAGCUGCCCAUCUUCGAGAUGAAUGACUAUGGUAGUCACAACCUGUCUGAAGACACAGCUCUAGGCCACACCCUCCUGACAGUGAAAGCCACAGAUGCUGACGACCCUGGAACAGGAAGCUCCCACAUCGAGUUCCACAUAACCGCUGGCAACGAAGAUGGAGUUUUCGCCAUGGAGACAGACGACAAUGGGGAGGGCAGGCUUGUUGUUGCUAAGCCUCUGAACUAUGAGACUGCUUCCUCCUAUAAGCUACAGAUUGAUGCUCGUAACCCAGAGCCGCUGGUGAGCGGUCUCGAGUACGGCGCUGAGUCGUCCGCCGUGGUCUCGGUGGCGAUCAGUGACGUUGAUGAGGCUCCAGUGUUUGACAUGGACAUUCUGGAUGUCACGGUGCCAGAGGACACCAAGGAGGGAGCUACGCUGCUCAAAAUAGACGCCACGGACCCAGAGGGAAAAGAGAUACUGUUCAAGAUGGAGGGAGACACUAAGGGUUGGUUGGAGAUUGAUCCUGCUACUGGAGAGAUAAAGAUAAAGAAUAAAGCUGUGCUGGACAGAGAGACGGUGGAGGCCUUCCACUUUACUGUUGUCGCCUUUGAGAAAGCCAAUCCAGAGCUGUCCUCAGAGCGCCAGGUGUCUGUGAGGCUGCUGGAUGUGAAUGACAAUGUCCCCAAGCUGACAGAGAACCAGGCCUUCAUCUGUGUGAAGAAGCCCCAGCCUAUAGUCCUGUCGGCCCUGGACGCGGACGCAGACCCCUUCGGAGCACCUUUCACAUUCAGUCUGGCCCAGGGCAAGAAGUCCCCCAACUGGGACCUAAGCGCUGUGGACGGGACGUCUGCUAAACUGACCCUGAAGAAAUCUCCCAGUGAGGACAAAACCUUCCUAAUCCCCAUCAACAUCAAAGACAACGCUGGCAUGGGCAUCACACAGAAGUUUGAGGUGCGAGUGUGUAACUGCACAGAGUUGGGAUACUGUUUCACCGAGCCGGGCGUUCAUGCAGGGGUGUUAGGAAUGCCCACCACCAUCGGAAUCCUGGCUGGAACUGUCGGGUUCAUCGCCCUGGUCCUGAUCAUCGCUUUCCAUCGUAUAAAGAAGGACAACCAGAAGAAAGCCUUGCUGGGAGAAACGGACGCCAUUCUCUAGAAACACAUGAGAUAGCAUGUGUUUGUUUAAUUGUUAUAUUUCUGAAGAACAGAUCUACUUUGAUUGGUUGUAUGCACGUUAUAAAUACUACCUGGUUUCGUCAUAAUCAUGCGCUCAUGCAGCUUAAUAACUUAUUAUAGUGAAUUUUGUCUGUAUUUAGAAUUUUGACUGUCCAUUCUCAGCUAGUGUGUCAUGACUGGCUGUGCACUGUGUGUGAUGGUUCAAACACUCCAUUUCAAGCUGCUUGCUGUAAUUGUGUAGACUGUUGCUCAGAGACUUUAGUUCACCGUUUGCCUCUGACUGUUGUUUGUGGUUGAUACUGUCUUUAUACUGAUACUCCAUGAUGUUUUUUGAUGAGGCCUGAUAUUAGUGAAGAUGCUAGCUAGCUGAGGGUUAAAUUAGGACGGUUCCACCACUUUAGAAUGGGAGAAAGACUGCCUACAGUAAAGAGUAGAAACAACCAUGGAAAAACAACCGAUGUUGGAGACAGUUCCAACACCUAAACAUCCCUCAGUUUAACACUUAAUGUUCACUGUUUGACAAGCCCAGUGUAAAUGAGUGCCUGGUGAAUGUCGGAGUGUGUACCAAGGUUAUUAUAGUUUUGUGAUUUUCUAUUCAAUUUUAUUUCUAUUCAUUUUUCAAUUAAAAAAUAAAUUCAGUUUAGUUUCCAUUCGGUUUUAGACUUGAUUUACUAGUUUUUAUUCUGUUUCAGUACGAUAAAAAACAUAUUUUGUUUUUAUAUUAUUCAGUUGUAGUUUCAGUUUCAGUUGUAGUUUCAGUUUUGGUUUCAGUUUUCGUUGUAGUUUCAGUGUCCGUUGUAGUUAUAGUUUCAGUUGUAUUUUUUGUGUGAAGGGACAGAAAGUAGCCUCAAGUGUCCUUAUGCUAGGGGCCAUGUAUGUGUUGUAGGACUAUAGCAGGGUACUCCAGUACUAUUUGAGAUGGUCCGCUCACACACAUUUCCUAGGUGGCAAAAGUCCUGAUGGAUAUUUUCAUUUAUCGGCGUAGUAACAAAACCCCACAUCACAAUCCAUUCCACACCAAACUGUUCAAACCGAUCACACCCUUCUUGUUGGUAGAGAGAAUCAUUUGUCGUUUUAAAGCUCAUUGUCGGCUAUUCUACAUAUUAUCCACGUCUUAUACGUGUUCACAUGAUACCGGGAGUCGAAUCCUCAGCCAAUCACAAAAUUAAAACAAUAGCUAUCUCCCCGUCUUUAUCCUGAAAUUCUUUGUGGGUGCUGUACAGAUGAACUUUGAGGUUGUGGGAUGCAGGGUGGUAGUGGGAUGCAGCGUGGUAGUGGGAUGCAGGGUGGGAUGCAGCAGUGGGAUGCAGGGUGGUAUGCCGCCAGCCAGCAUACCACCCUGCAUCCCACUGCUGCCAGCCAGCAUACCACCCUGCAUCCCACGGCUGCCAGCAAGCAGCAUACCACCCUGCAUCCCACUGCUGCCAGCCAGCAUACCACCCUGCAUCCCACUGCUGCCAGCCAGCAUACCACCCUGCAUCCCACUGCUGCCAGCCAGCAGCAUACCACCCUGCAUCCCACUGCUGCCAGCCAGCAUACCACCCUGCAUCCCACUGCUGCCAGCAGCAUACCACCCUGCAUCCCACUGCUGCCAGCCAGCAUACCACCCUGCAUCCCACGGCUGCCAGCAAGCAGCAUACCACCCUGCAUCCCACUGCUGCCAGCCAGCAUUCCACCCUGCAUCCCACUGCUGCCAGCCAGCAGCAUACCACCCUGCAUCCCACUGCUGCCAGCCAGCAUACCACCCUGCAUCCCACGGCUGCCAGCAAGCAGCAUACCACCCUGCAUCCCACUGCUGCCAGCCAGCAUACCACCCUGCAUCCCACUGCUGCCAGCCAGCAGCAUACCACCCUGCAUCCCACUGCUGCCAGCCAGCAUACCACCCUGCAUCCCACUGCUGCCAGCCAGCAGCAUACCACCCUGCAUCCCACUGCUGCCAGCCAGCAGCAUACCACCCUGCAUUCCACUGCUGCCAGCCAGCAGCAUACCACCCUGCAUCCCACUGCUGCCAGCCAGCAGCAUACCACCCUGCAUUCCACUGCUGCCAGCCAGCAUACCACCCUGCAUCCCACUGCUGCCAGCCAACAGCAUACCACCCUGCAUCCCACUGCUGCCAGCCAGCAGCAUACCACCCUGCAUCCCACUGCUGCCAGCCAGCAGCAUACCACCCUGCAUCCCACUGCUGCCAGCCAGCAGCAUACCACCCUGCAUCCCACGGCUGCCAGCCAGCAGCAUACCACCCUGCAUCCCACUGCUGCCAGCCAGCAUACCACCCUGCAUCCCACUGCUGCCAGCCAGCAUACCACCCUGCAUCCCACUGCUGCCAGCCAGCAUACCACCCUGCAUCCCACUGCUGCCAGCCAGCAUACCAACCUGCAUCCCACUGCUGCAUACCACCCUGCAUCCCACUGCUGCAUACCACCCUGCAUCCCACUGCUGCAUACCACCCUGCAUCCCACUGCUGCAUACCACCCUGCAUCCCACUGCUGCAUACCACCCUGCAUCCCACUGCUGCAUACCACCCUGCAUCCCACUGCUGCGUACCACCCUGCAUCCCACUGCCAGCAUACCACCCUGCAUCCCACUGCUGCAUACCACCCUGCAUCCCACUGCUGCGUACCACCCUGCAUACCACUGCUGCAUACCACCCUGCAUCCCACUGCUGCAUACCACCCUGCAUACCACUGCUGCAUCCCACACCCUGCAUACUACCCUGCACCCUGAUCCCCAGGGUAGUGAAGGGAUAUUGCCCUGUGUAGAGUGCUGUCUUUUGGAUGGGAUGUUAAUAAACAUAUGUCCUGACUCUCUGUGGUCAUUAAAAGCCCAUUACUUAUCAUAAGAGUAAGGGUGUUAACCCUGAUGUCAUGACAAAAUUCCCAACCUGGUCCCAUUCCCAUCAUGACCACCUAAUCACCCCCCCCCCCUCUACAAUGUAAAGCCAUUGGAGUACCUCAGUUGGUAGAAAAGUGAUAUAUAAAUCCAAUAAAGGAUUAUUAGCUUCUGACACAACAAUACAUUUGCUUUUGUCCUUUCCAGCAAUGUACUCCAAAUAAUCCCAUACAGGGCUUUGUGUUUUGCAACCAACCACUGCUGGUGUUGUGUUUGCUGCUGCCAUUGUUCUCGCUCAUGCUUCCUGCUCGCCCUCAGAUUUCUUCCGUUAGCUAGCGAUGCAGCAAUGCACCAGCUAGGCCUAUUUGAAACAUCGCCAUCUACUGGCAGCAUUUACCCUCCAGAUUCAGAAGUUCGAAAACCCCAUUAGAGAAAAAAGCUUCAAAACCACAUUAGAUUUUUAUCCAAAGUUUAGAAGGAAAAAAACAACAACUGAACACAAUUCAUGAUGGUUUUAAUUAUAUUUUAGUUUGUUUUGCAGUCAAAGAUAAUAGUUCCAGUAUAGUUUUCAUUUUUCAGUUUACUCAAUUGUUUUUCCAAUUUUUGUUUUUAUUUAAUUUUCAUUUCAGUUUUCGUUUACUAUUAUAACCUUGGUGUGUGCAACACAGUAAUGGAGAGAGGAGUUGGGAAAAUGUCUGUCUGAAUAAAGGCUAUCUGGACCUAC